AUGGCUACCAAAACAGUUUUAGUGAUUGGAGGAACUGGUGCACAAGGUGUGCCCAUUGUACAAGAACUCGACCAACAUGGCUACUAUGUGCGCGUGCUCACUCGUGAUCCCGAGUCUGAACAUUCGCAGAGGCUGCGAAACGUCGCACCAAACGUCCAAUACGUGACUGGCACACCUACUGACGAGGAUGCACUGCGUUCCGCCUUUGCGGGAGUGGACUACGCCUUUGUCAACCUAAACAGUUUCGCCCUCGGUAUCAAGAACGAGAUAUACUGGGGCAUAAGGACAUUUGAGAUUGCAGUGCAAAGCGGUGUGAAGCACUAUAUCUGGUCAUCACUCGACAAUUAUGCGCUGGAGACCAACUAUGAUGAUGACCUGCGCUGUGGUCACUACUACGGUAAAGGACAUGUCAAGCAAUGGAUGUCAGCAUUGCCACAGAGCCCUAUGAAGUGGUCUGUUGUCUGCACUGGGCCUUACAUUGAGCAACUUUGGUACUUUCAGCAUCCUAAGAAGUCAGAUUCAGGCGUGUACGACUUUCGCCUACCGAUUGAUGAUGGAGUUAUUCCAUACGUAUGCCUGGAUGAUAUGGGUUAUUAUGUACGAUGGAUAUAUGAGCAUCCGGAAAGAUCUGCGGGACUCAACCUAGACAUUGGGGUUGAAGAUGUCUCACUGGAGCAAAUAGCCAAAGCCUUUACCGAUGCCACUGGCAAACCUGCAAAAGCAACUAAUCUCACUAUUGAACAGUGGACACAAGAGACUGGCUUAUCGGAGGAGGAUAUGGAGCACAAAAUAGGGACUUCAACGGCACCAGGUGAUCCGUCCCUGCUAACUUUCCGCCAAAACUUUUCCGCAUGGUGGAGAAUUUACCAGAACUGCGGGACUAAGCUUGGACUCUGCAAGAGGGACUACAAACUCUUGGAUGAGAUUUAUCCAGGAAGGAUUAGAAGUUUGAAGCAGUGGAUGGAGAGAGUGGGAUAUGAUGGUGAUGCUACGCGUACCUUUGAGGCCGGCAUACCAUGGGGCAUGUAA